AUGGGAGGGGAUCACGUAACUCUGUACACAGAUGACAAUUGGAAGGGUGAUGUGGACAGGAUGGGUGGUGGAGGCGUCAUCAGAGAUGGGAAUGGGAGGUGGAUCUCCGGCUACGCAAGGACGUUGAGAGCAGGCGAUGCGUUUAAAACAGAACUUAUGUCGUUUCAUAAAGGACUCUUGCACACCUGGGAGCUUGGCUUUCGUCAUGUGGUUUGCUAUGUGGAUUGUCUGGAAUUACAGGAAGUGCUUACGAGUAUCAGGGAUGUUCAGACUUACUGGCAUAGAGACGUGAUCGAGAUGAUUAGAGCCGUGUUGGCACGAUGCUGGACUGUAACAAUCAAUCACGUUACUCGAGACGGAAAUGUUGUUGCGGAUGCACUGGCAAUUCUUGCAAUUCAGGAAGGUUGGGAUUGGAAGGUCUGGAGUUUUCCCCCAUCCAUGGUGGUUCCACUGCUAUGCAGUGAUUUAAUGUCGUCAUAG